CGGAGGCUCGCAGCGACUGCGAUGAUAGGUUACGUGACUUGUUGUUAAACUCAGUUGCCCCGGAUGUAAAACUGAAGAAAGCAGCUUUGCUAAAACGAAAGAUCUACUCAUUAAUACCUGUGGUCCACGUACACUGUGACAAUGUCUGACAGCGAUGGCCAAGCACAGGAGCCAGCUGGACUGGAUGGUUUGCCACCAUUGUUCAGCAUCGCCAAGGGAGAGGUGGUGUCUCUGCAGACAUACGGAGCCUUUGUCAGACUGCCAGGGUACAAGAAGGAAGGCCUGGUGCAUGUGAGCGAGAUGUCAGCCACACGGGUUGAGAAUGCCUCAGAGAUUGUCGAUGUGGGGGAACAGGUGUGGAUUAAAGUCAUUGGGAGAGAGAUUCGGGAUGACAAGGUCAAGUUGUCCUUCUCAAUGAAAGCUGUCAAUCAGGGAACAGGGCGGGACUUGGACCCAAACAACGUUAUGGCAGAGCAGGAUGCCCGGCGACGUAAGCAGUUUAGAGAUCAUACAGGCAACAGGAUCACACUGGAGGCCGUUCUCAACACAACAUGCUCAAAGUGCGGCUGUAAGGGACACUUUACAAAGGACUGUUUCUCUGCACCGGGCUUGCAGUACGCCCUUUUGCCUGAAGACGACGAUGAAGAGCCAAAGCAGCAAACCUCUACAGUUGCACCACAGCAGGACUCAGACAAAAAGAAGAAGAAAAAGAAGGAGAAGAAAAUGAAGAAGAAGAGGAAGAGGGAGAGGAAGGAGUCUGAGAGCGACAGCAGCAGCAGCAGUGGCGAAUGCAAGUCCAAGAGUAGGCGCCGUGACCACACUCCCGACAGUGGGGACAAAAAGAAGAAGAAACACAAGAAACAUAGAUCUCACAAACACAGCUGACACCACCACACGGCUGAAACACACAUCUACACUCACACACAUUACAGCUAUCAGACAGACGCAAAAGGGGAAGUGAGUAGCAACAGGCAGAGUGACAGACUUCCAGCAGUGUAUCUUUUAAUAAUCAAUUCCAACAAAACACUUAUUAUAGAAACCCUCAUCCAUUUAAUUUAAGGAAAGUUUUGCUUACUGUCUCUAUGAUUGGAAGCACAUUAAGACCUCCGAUAAAGUUAAAAAGAUGGAAAUGGGCCUAGAAGGAACGUGCUGCAAAUUUAAAAAAAUUGUCCUUGUCCUGAAGUAACCUCUGGCUCAGCCACACUGGGAGGAGUUUACACAUCAUAUGUAACCCGAUUUGUUUAAGCAAUAUGGCAGAAAGUGGACAGCUAUCCGGUUACACAUACUCUUUGAAAUCCAUUAAGCAGAUGUGAAGACAGUAAAGCUUGGGAGGGUGGGGGAGCUGACAUAAAAAUCCUUUCAUCAUGCAGAGAAAACCACACACACACACACUCUUUCAUUUUGUAGUAAAACCUUGUGUUAAUAAUAAAUUUCCUUGAUACAAAGGAAGUAGUAAAGACGCAAACAGGACGUGUAAUGCAGCAUACGUGGGCGUGACAGGAACCUCAAGCGUGAUAUCCUGAGGUUGUCCUCCGCUUAUUGUGGGUGUACUAUACAUGCAUACAAGUCUUGCCACCAGGGGACUGCUCACUCUAGACACUACCGUCUUCCUGCAUGCCAGCUGUUAGCUCCAUUAAAGAUGUUUUUAUUUGUAAAAGUGUAAAAAAAAAAAAAAAA